GGGAAAAGCUUCACUCAGAGAUAUACCCUUAACUCUCAUCAGAGAAUCCACACACAAGAGCGACCCUACGAAUGCUGCAAGUGCGGGAAAAGCUUCACUCCGAGAUCAGCCCUUAUCUCUCAUCAGACAACGCACACGGGAGAGCGACCCUACGAAUGCUGUGAGUGCGGGAAAAACUUCACCCGAAGCUCAAACCUUACUAGGCAUCAGAGGGUCCACACAGGAGAGAGACCUUAUGAAUGCCGUGAGUGCGGGAAAAGUUUCAGUCACUUCUCCUCCCUUAUCUCUCACCAGAGAGUCCACACAGGAGAGAGACCCCAUGAAUGUUGCGAGUGUGGAAAAAGCUUCUCUCGGAGCUCAAACCUUACUAUGCAUCAGAGGGUCCACACAGGAGAGAGACCUUAUGAAUGCCGUGAGUGCGGGAAAAGUUUCAGUCACUUCUCCUCCCUUAUCUCUCACCAGAGAGUCCACACAGGAGAGAAACCCUAUGAAUGCAGUGAGUGCGGGAAAAGCUUCUCUCGGAGCUCAACCCUUGUCACACAUUACACAGUCCACACCGGAGAGAAACCCUAUGAAUGCAGUGAGUGCGGGAAAAGCUUCACUCAUAGCUCAGGCCUUUCUAAACAU